CUCUGCGCCUGUUACGAUUGCGGAGGGGGAUAGGCUGCGUUUUGUAGUUACAUGCCUUGUUGGGAUUGUGAGUAUUGCACUUUGGGAAAUCCGUGAUGAGUGCAAAUGGAUCGACAUCACGGAGUAGGCCUUCAGUCUCUGCGAUGUCGGCUAUUCGAUUGAAUGUGCGAGACGUUCAAGCCAGGUUACAAGAGGAAAAUGAAUCGAGAGAUACAGACCGUGGACUGAACCUGGAUUUCUCUCGCUCAAAAGAAGGUCAUCAUGGAAGACGACCUAAGCCACUGCCAAUCAGCGACUUCUCGGGCGGCGGCGGCGACGAGCAGCGGCGGCCGCGCAACCUGCAGUUCCCGGCCACUCCCUUCCGGCGCGUCAAUAGCUCCGAGAUACAAACCAAGAUGCGCGAGAUCAUGCAGAUGACAGGCAUCCUGACCAUCGACGGCGUGAGGUUCAAAGCGUCACCGGAGGAUCUGCAGCACGUGGGCGAACUAGGAACGGGUAGCUGCGGUCACGUGGUGAAAAUGGUUCACAAACCCAGUGGGAAGGUGUUAGCAGUGAAGCAAAUGCGGCGCAGCGGCAAUCCGGAGGAGAACAAGCGGAUCAUUAUGGACCUGGACGUGGUGCUCAAGUCGCACGACUGCCCGUACAUCGUGCAGUGCCUGGGCUGCUUCGUCACCGACGCCGACGUCUGGAUCUGCAUGGAGCUGAUGGCCACCUGCCUGGACAAGCUGCUCAAGAAGAUGGGCAACAAGCCCAUCCCGGAGCCGAUACUGGGCAAGAUCACCGUCUCGACGGUGAAGGCGCUGCACUACCUGAAGGACAAGCACGGUGUCAUACACCGGGACGUGAAGCCGUCCAACAUCCUGCUGGACGAGACCGGCCAGGUGAAGCUGUGCGACUUCGGCAUCUCGGGCCGGCUGGUCGACUCCAAGGCCAAGACGCGCACCGCCGGCUCUGCAGCGUACAUGGCCCCGGAGCGCAUCGAGCCGCCGAAUCCUGACAGGCCCGACUACGACAUCCGCGCCGACGUCUGGUCGCUGGGCAUCACGCUGGUGGAGCUGGCCACCGGCUUCCUGCCGUACGCCGACUGCAAGUCCGAGUUCGAGGCGCUCACUAAGGUGCUGAAGAAUGACGCGCCGCUGCUGCCGGAGGGGCGCGGCUUCAGUCCCGAGCUGCGCCGCUUCGUCAAGGACUGCCUCACCAAAGACUACAAGCACCGGCCCAAGUACAAGCGGCUCAUUGAGCACGACUUCAUCCGCAAGUCGGAGCGCAUGCGCGUGGACGUCUCCUCCUGGUUCAGAGACGUGCAGGCGCAGACGAGCGGCAUCAAGACGCCGACGACGCGGCGCCGCACCCCGCCGCCGGCCUCGCCGCACCACCCCUUCCACAGCCGACGGCGCACCCCGGAGCCGGAGAG